GGAACCUAGAAAGUCCUGUGCUUUGUAAGUGCACCAUCCACCCCCACCACCUGUCAUGCAGUAAAACUGAUUAGCAGCCACAUUGCCCUAAAAAUGUAUUUGUCAAAGCUUCUAGGAAGCCGGGUGGAGCUAGGACCGCCUUGACAUCUAUUUUGACUCCAGCAGCAUUUCUUUCAUAGUUUUUGAAGGUGUAAUACAGCACUAUCACUGAGCAGAAGACCAUAUUUGGCCAGUCUGAAGUUUUUGUCGCAGGUAUUGUCAUUUAAAACAGACUGAGUCACCUCUUACUCAGGACAUGACUUCACCCUCCAACUGCUUAAGGUGAAACUGGAGAUGAGGGAGGGGAAAUAAGGAAGGAAGAUGAAAAAAAAAAAAGUUUUGUUACCAUCAAGCUUUCUCUAACAAGGUGCUUAAAUUGUGUUGAAAUUGAGUGUUUUGUUGUGCAUGUAGCACUACAUGCAAAGGAGUCUCACGUCUUCUUUUGUUAAACUCAAUAAAACUGAGUGGUUGGGGGAUGGUAAACAGAUUAAGGGUUUGUGGAGUUUGGGGGUGGACCUGAAGAACCGGGACUGAUGACGGUGAGCUGUUUUCCUCUAUGGCCCCUCCUCCUCCACCAUAUGUACCUGCUCUCCUCUGAAUCCUCCUCCAUUCAACAGAACUCACCUGACUAACAGAGGACUUGCCUCCAUUAAAGAAAGAGACCAAAAAAAACCCACAGGCUUACGUCAAAAGAGGAAGAAGUUUCAGUUGAAGCAACUCAGAAAGAAAAAAUCCACUGUCCAUGAUGGUGUCUGCUGGGUUUCAAAUCCUGGGCACGGCUCUGGGGAUCCUGGGCUGGAUUGGUGCCAUCAUUGUGUGUGCCAUUCCCAUGUGGAAGGUCACUGCUUUUAUUGGCAGCAACAUUGUCACCUCGCAGACCUCCUGGGAAGGUAUUUGGAUGAGCUGCGUGGUCCAGAGCACAGGCCAGAUGCAGUGUAAGGUCUAUGACUCCAUGCUGGCCCUCAGCUCUGACCUACAGGCUGCCAGGGCCCUGACCGUCAUCUCCAUCGUGGUGGGCAUCUUGGCUAUCCUGCUCUCUGUAGCCGGGGGGCAAUGCACCAACUGUGUGGAGGAUUCUUCAUCCAAGGCCAAGGUGGGCAUUGCAUCUGGAGUUAUGUUCAUUGCAUCUGGGAUCCUCUGCCUUGUCCCUGUCUGCUGGACAGCCCACACCAUCAUCCGAAACUUCUACAACCCGCUGAUGGUUAGCGCCCAGAAGAGAGAACUGGGGGCUGCGCUCUACAUCGGGUGGGGGGCAGCUGCUUUGAUGCUGAUCGGAGGGGGGAUGCUCUGCUUCAACUGCCCCAAUAAGGAUGAAGGGUCCUACACUGCAAGGUACACGGCUGCCAGAUCUGAGGCCUCAGCACCAGCAUCUGGGAAAGACUAUGUCUGAAACAGAUCUAGAAAUCAGUAUAUGGCUCCACAAAGAACUGUUUACUGGGACAAAUGAACCGGUGCUACUGGUUUGUGAGUGUUGAUAUUAUUCAGCAUGUUACUUGAUCAAAAAGUUACUCCUCAUGAGAGUGUUGGAAGGAAAUGAAUGGCAAGAGAGGAACCACACCCAAAGAGGAAAUGUAAUUUUAUAUGCUAACACAGAUACUUGUAUGUGUAAAUAUUCUGUAACCUCAGUCUUAUUUUGAAAAUCUGUGAGUUGUUUUUAUGAACCAUGUGUAUGAGCUUCAUGAUGUGCCAGU